AUGCCCCAAACAGAAGAAGAGAAAGACUACACCGAAUUCAUCCAAACCCAACCCCCAUCCAUAAUCGCAGCAUGUCUACGCCGCGACCAACUCCUGUGCCAGGAGAACCAUCUCCCCAGUCCACUGGCCAUGCACCUCCCAACCCAGCCUUGUGAUCUCCUCGACGAAAUCUCCAAACACCUCAUCCCCGAAACCUCUAUCCCCGCCCCAAUCCGCAGACUCCAAUGCCAGGGCAUCAUCAGCGGAAUCAAAGCCUCCGUAAACCAAAUGAGCUGCAUCAGAACGUGGACAAGUGAAGACACCGAAAAGGGAACGGGGAUCAUCCCCAGAACGAAGGACUUCCAAUCCGCGCUCCGCGUGCUCGAAUACCUCCAGAAAUACCCCUCCAUCUCCAUGCUCACCAGCACCAGUCCCUUCCCGGAUGUGAUCUCAUCCGUGAAAACCCAAUUGGCAUUCGAAGCUGGUCUCCGGACUGUGACUCACCUCCACACAGCCCAUAAAGACAGCCGACUCGACGCGAAAGCGAGUUACAAGGCCCGCAGACAAAAGCGGACUUGCUACAUGUGUCAUUUUGAAAUCAGAACGGACGAAGCCCACAAUAUCUACCCGUCCCUCUGUCGCCCAUGCGGGUCAUUCAACUUAGCCUCGUCGGCCAUUUCAGCACCCCCGAAUCUCAAAUUACGAGGUAAAACGGCCCUGGUAACGGGCGGACGAAUCAACCUCGGCUACGAAACUGCGCUACGGCUGCUCCGCUGUGGAGCCAGUGUCAUCGUGUCAUCGCGGUAUCCCCGGGACGCGGUGGUGCGGUAUGCGAGAGAGACGGAUUUCGGGGACUUUUCAUCCCGGCUGAGGGUUGUGGGGGCGGACUUUCGCACGGCUAGAGAUGCGUUCCGGCUUGUGGAGGUUGUGAAGCGGUUACUGGAUGAUUGGGAGGGGGGUGGCAAUGGGAGAACUGCGGACAGGGCGCUGGAUAUUCUGAUUAAUAAUGCGGCGCAGACGUUGACGGAUCCUGUGCGCUCGGAGACGAGGGCUAUUGUGAGGGAGGAGCAGUUGGAAGGAGAGGUUGGGGAGCAUGGGGUGAUGGCGGAUUAUGGGGAGCGGUAUGUGCCCAAGCUUCGGGGUGGAGUGGGCAGUGCUUGGGGUGGCAUUGAGGAUCGGGUCCGGUUGCAGAUUGCGGGUACGGCCGAGUCAGAGUCUAGGGAAGGCCAUGGAAUGGUGCAGAAGGGUCUGGGUCCGGAUGGAAUGGCAGAGGAUGACUCAAAGUCGUCGUGGACGCAGCAUCUGGACCAGAUCCCGUAUGAGGAUGUCAUUAGCGCGCAGGCGGUGAAUGCGCUGGUCCCGCUGAUUCUAUGUCGGGAGUUAUUGCCCCGAAUGGGCGCGACGGAGAAAUCGUCGCGGCCUUUGGGAUACAUCGUGAAUGUGUCGUCCCGGGAGGGAAUACUGGAGAGCAGGACGAAGUCUGCCAGUAAAGCCGGUCACCAUGUUCACACCAAUAUGUCCAAGGCCGCGCUGAAUAUGAUCACGGAGACCGAGAGUGAGUCGGCGUGGGAGCGGCAUGUCGCUAUGAAUACGGUGGAUCCAGGCUAUAUGAGUGCGGCACCGGAAUGUCAGCGGGCAGACGGCUGCCCGAUCGGCUUUGAAGAUGGUGCUGCCCGAGUUCUGUGGCCGAUUGCGAUCGGAGAACGCGAGCACCGGGUGAUUCGUGGACGGUUUAUGAAGCAUUUCGGAAAUCAUGAUGCGAUUAUAUCGCGAGGAAUAUAA